CAACUCCAGACAUUAAGGCAAGAGAAGGGGGGAGAGAGAGGAAGAGAGAGAGAGAGAGAGAGAAGGGGGAGGGAGAGAGAGAGAGAGAGAGCGACACUGGGAGAGAGAAAAAAUCACCGCGUGAAAGAUAUUGGUUCAAGGAUAUCUCUCUUCAUUUUCAACAUAUUUUUCCUACUGGGACUUUUAUCAACAAGUUACUGCGCCUUCGCUGCGUGUUGCCCGGGUGAAGGACGGAUGGCAGCUCGCCGGGCUUUAAACUUUAAAUUUGGGCUGGAGAUGGAGAUGGAAAUGUGUGCCUGCUAGCUGGAACUGCCUGGGGAACUAUUACAUCAGACAGAAAUGACAAUGAUUAAAAUCUGCUUUUCGUCGCUCUUAAAAAAAAAAGAAAAAUCUAUUGAGCGACUAACAGUUGGCUGGUAAAGGUUUCCUAACCAACAUCUACAUCACAACUUCACACCGUUAAAGGGAGAGAUCUACUUUUGUGUGUGUGUGUGUGUGUGUGCCGGAAAAAAUAUAAGUUCUUAUAUAUUUGUGCAGUCAUAAUUUUCGUGAAUAAGGAGGUGGUGGAGGGGGGGUAUCACGUUUUUUUUUGUUUUUUUUUUUCCUUGAGAAAAUUGCCUGGGCGAGAGAGUGGAGUUGAGCUAAUUGUAGCCUAAUCCCUGGCCCAGAGGCGCUUGGGCAGCCCGGAGCAAGAAUUUUCUUUUUUAGCUCUGCUCUGUUAUUUAGAGACGGAUUAUUGGCUUUCUUCUUCUCAUAACAAACCACAGGGGCAGUUUCAUUUAGGCAAAAAAAAAGAAAGAAAGAAAGACAGACAGACAAGAAGAAGAAGAAGAAGAAGAAGAAGAAGAAGAAGAAGAAAUCCGGAGCAAGGAUUCCAACAAGAGCGCACAUUUUUUACGCGUAUCCAAAUAAGAGCAGAGAAGGGGAAGGAGAUCAUCUCAUCUAUGUACAAGGAGGGAAGAAGCAUGUCACGGCUGUCUCUGACCCGGUCCCCGGUCUCUCCCCUGGCCGCCCAGGGGAUCCCUCUGCCGGCUCAGCUGACCAAGGCGAACGCCCCGGUGCACAUCGAUGUCGGGGGACACAUGUACACCAGCAGCCUGGCGACCCUCACCAAGUACCCAGACUCAAGAAUCAGUCGUCUGUUCAAUGGCACAGAGCCCAUCGUGUUGGACAGCUUGAAGCAGCACUACUUCAUAGAUCGGGACGGCGAGAUAUUCCGCUACAUUCUCAGUUUCCUCAGGACCAGCAAAUUGCUCCUUCCAGAUGACUUCAAGGACUUCCACCUGCUGUACGAGGAGGCGCGCUACUACCAGCUGACGCCCAUGAUCAAGGAGCUGGAGCGCUGGAAGCAGGAGCGCGAGCAACGACGGAUGGCGCAGCCCUGCGACUGCCUUGUGGUUCGGGUCACGCCCGACCUGGGCGAGAGGAUCGCCUUGAGCGGGGAGAAGGUGCUCAUCGAGGAGAUCUUCCCCGAGACCGGAGAUGUUAUGUGCAACUCAGUCAACGCCGGCUGGAACCAGGACCCAACACACGUCAUCCGCUUUCCCCUCAAUGGCUACUGCAGGCUCAACUCCGUCCAGGUUCUGGAGCGCCUCUUCCAGAAAGGUUUCAGCGUGGCGGCGUCUUGUGGAGGCGGCGUGGACUCAUCCCAGUUCAGCGAGUACGUGUUGUGUCGCGAGGACCGGCGGAGUCUCUCCAUCAACACUCCCAUCAGGAUAAAACAGGAACCCCUGGACUAGAGCGUUCUGGAUGAGGGACUGCCAAUCCAACCCCAGUACUCCUUCCAUCUUCUCACACCGUCCCCCCCCCCCAACUCCCCCCGCCCUGCCUCCCCCUAUCCCCCGCUCCCUCCCUGCCCUAACAGAACCACAACCAAACCCCAGCUUACCUAAGUAUUAGCAGAGGCUUGUUAACCUCGCCAGCUCUGCAGAACUCGAAGGGGAAUGUAGUACCAAAACAAAUGAGAGGAAAAAAAAAGAAAAAAGCAUCAGCAGCAAAAGUUUUUCAUUAUGUUAAAUAACGCCCAAAGAAUCUGGGACUGUGAUGAAAACAACAGCAGCGACAAGCGGACUCAGCAGCACCUCACUUCAACCAUUUAAGCGCCGUGACUGGUUGAUAUCUUGUCCUCAUUUUCUCAUGAAAAAGGUGUCCCGACUGUCCGGAGCGCCCCCCCCACCCCACCCCAACCCCCUCCUUGAAUCCAAAUACACUCCACUUCCCAAAACACACCACCACUCACCCCACACACACACACACACACACACACCUCUGGCCAUCUUUCAGCAGUGUAUCAUCCAGUUCUGGGUCUGUAUGAGGCCCGUGUCUCGUCUGAGUCUGGCCUGCUGUCGGACAUGGAAGCUUUGGCACAGAGGACGCUGUAAUGGAUGACAGGAAGAGGACAUAAUCCCAUCUCACGAGUCCCCCCCAGCUGCCCCCAGACCCCGAGACCCCUCCAGACCCCCCGUCCCACCUCGCUCCACUGGCUGAGCUACAGACGGCGGAGCCUCGUCUCAAACAGCAUCGUUUGCCAAACUGAUUGUUUAUUACAAUUUUCAUUGUUGUUUCUAAAGUAUGUUCUUCUUGCUCCUUUUGCUGUUCUUAUCAUGACAUGGUGUAAACAAUUAUUAUUAAUAGGAUUAUUUUUAAUGUCUCUUUUUUUUUUUCUUUUUUUUUUUUUCCUUUCUCCAAUAUGAAGGAUGUAUGAACGUUGUAUUCAUUAAGGCUUCGAGAGGCUUGUGAGGGAGCGUUUUCUUGGCAGUAGCUGCAGAAACUCAGAUGUCUGCAGGCUAUGUGGCUAAAGCGAUCUGGCUGGCAAUGCAUUCAGAGCCGGGGAAAAAAAAAAGUCCCAUUGUUCAAACGGGGAUGGAAGAGAACCUGGAUGUUUCAACAUUGUUUAUAGUCAAAUGUGUAGCACACAUAAAAAAAAGUGCUCUGGAAUUUUCUGCUUAUUAGCUCUAAAAACAUAUCUCUGUUCACAAGUCUCGGAUCGGAUUCUCUCUCGCAAGUGCACAAAACCUUUGGUUUUUUUGGGGGUUUUUUGGCGGAAGUUUGAGAAAGUUUGCAAAUUUUUUUGGAAAAUUCAGGUCGAUGUUGCACAAGCUCGGAGUGUAAUUGCAGUUUUUUUUGUUUUGGUUUUUUUUGUUGAGUUAGAAUGUGAAAGACCUGAAGGAGCCGACGUGGAGAGAUGACGUUUACCAGUAUGUCUCGUGAUCGCCGUCAGAGAUGUACUCUAAAUGCUUACUGUUUCUUUGCACUUAAAACAUGUCCCCCAUCGGAGCCCCGCCCCGACCCUGCACCCACCGAAACAUUCAUCCGAAACCCCUGCGACCAAGUCGAGCUGUUUAUCUUCUCGUGUGUGGGAAACCAGAACAAAUACCGUAGGUACCAAAGCAGACGAGGUGCCUAUAUUGUUGAUUGUACGGACACACAUCUCUUUUUACAGUUUAUAGCUAAAAACUCAAAACAAUGCAUCAUCCAAAAAACUGUAUGAAGGGGCCACCAACGUUUUGUUCCUCCGGGGGCCUCCAGUCUUGACAGUUUUGUUGAGAAUAGCUCGCAGCACCUUCAGAGAAAGUUUGAGAGGGACCUGGUCUUUGUUUGUGUUCUAUAUUGUCACUUCUGAGCCGAGAUUAUUUCAGUGGUUCGUCACAUGUAUGUGUGGCGGAGCCCAAAGUGAACUGUACUCCCAGCGUCGGCGUGUUAUUCACAAAGAGGCGAGUGGGCGGCAUUUACUCUAUCCUGCUCUCAUUCUUUUGGUCUUAUUCUCAACAUUUCUGGAUCAAAGACAGAGACAAGAAAGGCCGAGUUUUCAUGCUUUAUAUUUGUGUGUAACUUACAGAUGCUGUUUCUUCCAUCCCAAAAAGACUGAUACAAAAAAAAAAGAAGUCUAUUCUGAUCUUUGCGGGCUCUGGCAGUUGUUUGAGUAUAACAGGGGUUGUUUUUAUAAGCUAGUCGUUCAUUAAAAAUGGGCGGUAGUUUUUCUCUUCUGACCAUGUUGUCCUAAUAUCUGCUCUCUCCGGAUGGCCGCUGAUUGAACAAGGAGCCAAUGAGUGGAUAAAGAUGAGCCUCGGCGCGAGCGUAGCUCCGAGUCCAGCGCGCUCCGGCCCGAGGCUCGCGCUCACAAUCAAGCCCAUCUUUGUUGUGACCUGCCAGUGGCCUGCGCCUUUGCAUCCAGUCGCCUCAAAGGGAAUGGUCAACCAGGCCUUUCAUGUGCCGAGGCAUGUUGGGCCUCUCCACAGCGCUCCUCACCCCCCUCCGCCUCCCUGAAGGCUCCCAGCUCAGUGGUGCCAGUAGAAAACUCUGGUUUGCACCCCCUGCUGCUGUGUCAUCCCCAUGCCCUGGUUUGUUUUUUUUUGUUUUUUUUUCAGAACGCCCCUCCUCUGCUGUGGCUCGCUGGACAGCACAACCAAACAAACUGAUGAGUCAAAAUGUGAGCACACUCAGAACAUACUGUACAGCCAGGAGAACUUGACUCUCGCUGCUGAUCCGGACGUCUUUGAUCCAGUUGUGAUGUGAGGUGUGGAAACUCAUCUGGGUUAGUUCUUUAGGAAACGGGGUAGAAAAGAUCUGAUUAAAAAAAAAAAAAAAAAAAAAAA